CUCGGCUGUCACUGACCUCCCCUCUCUCUCUCUCUCUCUUUCUCUGCGCUGUCUUCUUCGUCGACUUUACUCUCUUCAGAGCUGCUCGUUACUCUCCUUAGAUCGCCUCCGCUUGAAAAGCUUCGUUUGGACUCUUGUCCGUUGUCCUCCUCCUCCUCCUCCUCCUCAAUUCCUCCCUACAGCCACCGGCAGAAUCUCAAUCUCUCUCUCUCUCGCCUCCGAGGGAGUCGCCGGAAAUGCUGCGGCCGUGGGCCUCAGCCGGCGGCGUCCUGUUCCUCGCCGCCGCCGUGCUGCUGUUGGCCGGCGUCUCGGCGGCGGCGGAUGAGGUCGUCACGUGCUCCGGCAUAGUCCCGAUGAGCGACCGCGCGGACAGGAUCUCCAUCGCGGACUUCGGCGGCGUCGGCGACGGCCGGACGCUGAACACCAAGGCGUUCAGGGAGGCCGUGUACCGGAUUUGGCACCUGGCCCGGCCCGGGGGCACGCUGCUGUACGUGCCUCCAGGGGUGUACUUGACGGAGAGCUUCAACCUCACGAGCCACAUGACGCUUUACUUGGCCGGAGGCGCUGUCAUCAAAGCCACUCAGGAUACUUCGAAUUGGCCACUAAUUGCGCCAUUGCCGUCUUAUGGAAGAGGCAGGGAGCACCCUGGUGGAAGAUAUAUGAGCUUCAUUCAUGGAGAUGGCCUUCAAGACGUGAUAAUCACUGGUGAGAACGGGACAAUAGAUGGCCAAGGAGAUGUCUGGUGGAAUAUGUGGAGGCAGAGAAGUCUCAGUUUUACCAGACCAAAUCUUAUCGAAUUGGUUAAUUCCAGAGACAUCAUAAUUUCCAAUGUGGUUUUCCAGAACUCUCCGUUUUGGAAUAUUCAUCCCGUUUAUUGUAGUAACGUGGUUGUCCGUAAUGUGACUAUAUUAGCUCCACUGGACUCUCCCAACACAGAUGGGAUUGAUCCAGAUUCAAGCUCAAAUGUCUGCAUAGAGGAUUCGUACAUAUCUGUUGGAGAUGAUCUUGUCUCAGUGAAAAGUGGGUGGGAUGAGUAUGGUAUUGCCUAUGGUCGCCCAAGCUCCAAUAUUACCAUCCGCAGAUUAACAGGAUCAUCCCCAUUUGCCGGUAUUGCAGUAGGAAGUGAAACCUCUGGUGGGGUAGAGAAUGUCCUGGCUGAAAACAUUAACUUGUACAAAGUGGGUGUUGGAAUCCAUGUGAAAACAAAUACCGGGAGAGGGGGUUUCAUAAGAAACUUAACCUUCUCCGGUGUCUACGUGGAGACUGCAAGAAAGGGGAUAAAGAUUUCAGGCGAUGUUGGAGAUCAUCCCGACGACAAGUACGACCCAAAUGCUCUUCCGGUUGUGAAAGGCAUCUUGAUAAAGGAUGUGUGGGGAACAAAUGUUCAACAGGCAGGUCUCAUACGAGGCAUAAAGGACGCCCCUUUCACUGGCGUUUGCCUUUCUAAUGUCAACCUCCGCGGCAAGCUGGGGCCGAGAGAAGAUCCGUGGUCGUGCUCUGAUGUGAGUGGGGCUGCCUUCAAGCUCUGCCGUUACAAAAUAUAAAUGAUCAUCACUGCCGACCAGCAUUGGCAGCUCGCCCAGAAUAACCACCACUAGCAUCCCCAUUAAUGACGAGGUGGGUGACAGGGAUUUGAUGUGGUAUUUUCGGUGUUGUUUGCACCCACGAGAAAUGUUAGGUAUGUAAAACUUUGUAACCAAAAUUCGUUCAUAACGUGAUAUGAGAACUUAAUUAAAUCCCCACCCAACAAGAUAAAUUCAUUCGCUUUUCAACCAAA